AUGAAGUGGGAGUGGUUGGAACGAGAACUGGGGAGAAUGCAGUGUUUCUUAAAGGAUGCAGAUGCGAAGAAGAACAAUGGAGAUGAUGAGAGGGUGAAGAACUGGGUCACAGAAAUGAGAGACCUUGCUUUUGAAGCUGAGGACAUCAUUGACACUUUCAUGUAUUUACAGCUCCGUAGACAACAUGAGAGGCAGCCUGGUUGCAUAGGUUUCAUCAAGAGGUUUGUAUUUAUGUUUACUGAAUUGGUCAGUAGACACAAGGUUCAUGUGGGUGUCAAAGGGAUAAAAACUAAGUUGCACGAGUUAUCCGAAAGUAGAGAACUAUAUGGCAUUGCUAAUAUAGGUGAAACAAUUGGCACAACCAGUCACUAUAGAAGUCAACAUGUGAUCCCUAUAUCGCCCCAUCUGAGUGAUGACAUUGCUAUGGUUGGCUUUGAUGAUGAGAAGAAAAAGAUUGUGCAAGAGUUGGUGGACAUAAACAAUACAAAUCGAUCAGUAAUCUCUAUAGUGGGCAUGGGUGGUCUGGGAAAGACCACACUUGCUAAAUAUGUUUAUAAUGAUCUUGAAGUCAAGAGAAGUUUUAAUAUAUUUGCAUGGGUAAUCAUAUCUCAACAAUAUACCAUCUUUGAGAUUUUGAAGGGAAUCUCAGUAGAAGUUUCAGCAACUCCAUUAGCCGAUACAAUCCAACACCUCUCAGCUGCUAUUUCCAAAAAAUUGGAGAAAGGCAAAUAUUUGAUUGUUCUUGAUGAUGUUUGGGAAAAAGAUGUAUGGAUUGAAUUACUAAAAGUCUUUCCAGAUGUUAAUAAUGGAAGCAGAGUUAUUAUCACCACUCGCUUCGAAAAUGUCAUCAAUAUUGCAGAUCCUACCACCAAACUUCAUAGACUGCGUUACCUGAAUGAAAAGGAGAGUUGGGAGUUGUUUCUUUGCAAGGUUUUCCCAGGACAAGACAUUGAAACAUGUUGCUUGACAGAUUUGGAUGAGUAUGCUCAUCAGCUUGUUCAGAGGUGUGGGGGUCUACCACUGGCACUAAUAGUCCUUGGAGGACUUGUCUUAACUAAACCACGAACCCAAGAUGCAUGGCAGAAAGUUGUUGAGAGCAUGAAAGGUCAAUUUGAGGAAGGUGAAGAAAGUUGUUUAGAAAUACUUGCAUUGAGUUAUAAUGAUUUGCCAUAUUACUUGAAAUCAUGUUUUCUUUAUUUGGGUCGCUUCCAAGAGGACACGAAUAUUCCUGCACAAAUUUUAAUUAGAUUGUGGUCAGCAGAAGGUUUAUUACCAACAAAUAAUGGUAAAACUUCAGAAGAGCUUGGAAUGGAUUAUCUUGAGGAGUUGGCACAAAGAUGUUUGAUCCAAGUUACCGACAGGAAAUAUGAUGGAAGUGCAAGAUAUUGCCGAAUCCAUGAUCUCUUGCGUGAUAUGUGCAUUAAGGAAGCCAAAGAGAAUAAAUAUCUUGAAAUCUACAAGAAUGAUACUAUAGAUCAUGUGACAAUGUCAAAUACAGCCCGACGACUGGUCAUAGGUAAUGAGAUUGAGAUUUUAAACCAUUCUAACAAAAAGUUGCGGGGUUUAUUCUUGGAUGGGUAUUAUUUUGAUUUUCUGACCCUCCAAACUAUGAAUAGAAUGCUUGGUGAAUUUAAAUUAUUAAGAGUGCUUAGUUUGUAUAAUACUGACAAUAUGUUAAAAUUUCCUAGUGAAAUCAAAUCAUUAAUUCAUUUGAGAUACCUUGAGUUGCAUACUCAUUACAACAUGAUGGAAGUUCCAUCAUGGAUUGAUCAUCUUUGCAAUCUCCAGACUUUUAUUAUAGGUGCUGGAUAUGUAGCAAAGAUAUCAGAUUCACUAUGGAGGAUUGGUAGUCUCAGGCAUGUUGUUGUUAUUGUACCAACAUCAUUUACUCCAAAUAUGGGAAAUAAUGUACCAAAGAAUUUGCAGACUUUAAAAUGGGUAUCUGCCGGAUCAUGGAUAGGGAAUAUGCUGCCUAAGCUCACAAAUCUACGCAAAUUGAAGAUAUAUGAUGUCUCUGAUGAUCAUGCCAAUGCACUAUCUUCAUCACUCCUGAAAUUGGGUUGUCUUGCCUCCUUAUCAAUAGAAGGAAAUGUAAUUCCUUCAGACAAUGUCAUUAAAGCCUUUUCCAAUCAACAUUGCCUCAAGAAAUUGUCUCUUGGGGGAGUAUUCAACAGCAACCAACUUCCAAGCAGCAAUGUAUUUCCUCAACAACUAGUGAAACUAGUCUUGGAUCGUUCAAGCUUGGAGCAAGACCCAAUGGCAAUACUAGAGAAGUUGCAAUUUCUCAAAUAUCUAACACUUAUAGCCUCAUGUAGAGGCAAACAGAUGAUCUGUUCGGCAACAGGGUUCCCUCAACUGUUAUUUUUGACAAUCAAGUAUUAUUAUGAACUUGAGGAGUGGAAGAUAGAGGAGAAUGCAAUGCCAUGCCUCAAGUCUUUACAGAUUUACAAUUGUCCAAGGUUGAAGAUGAUUCCAGAAGAACUGAAGAAUGUGCCACUCGAUCAUUUGGUAUUGGAUUCCAUGCCUAAAAAAUUCAUGACUAGGAUUAAGGCGAAUACAGGAGAAGACUGGUACAAGAUACAACAUGUGCCCAACAUCUCCAUUAAAGAGUUUCAAGAUGCAGAAAUGGAUAUUAUAUAGAUAAUAUGAUCAACUGUUAGCUGCCUUCAAAAGGGAUGAAUGAGGAUUGCUUUUGACCUUCAAAGGAGCUCCAGAUAAAGUGGCAAGCAAGGAAGCAUGCAUGAAGUUUCUUAUGAACUCUUACUUGAUGUCUGUUUGGAUGUUUGUGCUUUUUAUUCAUGUAAUGUUGUUUGGGUUUGAUACUUUGUGGUUAUAUAGCCAUCCAUAUGUGUGUAUUUGUGAUUUUAAUAUUCUUGUAAUGUAAUUAGGUUUGGUA